AGUGGAGCGGCAGCAACAGUGAAUAAUGAGUUCCACUGAACAGCAGCAGCCGUAGCGGCAGUAGCUCUCCCUUACACACACAUUUACUUGCAGGGCUGUCUCUCUCCCUUACACACACAUUUACUUGCAGGGCUGUCUCUCUCCCGUACACACACAUUUACUUGCAGGGCUGUCUCUCUCCCUUACACACACAUUUACUUGCAGGGCUGUCUCUCUCCCUUACACACACAUUUACUUGCAGGGCUGUCUCUCUCCCUUACACACACAUUUACUUGCAGGGCUGUCUCUCUCCCUUACACACACAUUUACUUGCAGGGCUGUCUCUCUCCCUUACACACACAUUUACUUGCAGGGCUGUCUCUCUCCCUUACACACACAUUUACUUGCAGGGCUGUCUCUCUCCCUUACACACACAUUUACUUGCAGGGCUGUCUCUCUCCCUUACACACACAUUUACUUGCAGGGCUGUCUCUCUCCCUUACACACACAUUUACUUGCAGGGCUGUCUCUCUCCCUUACACACACAUUUACUUGCAGGGCUGUCUCUCUCCCUUACACACACAUUUACUUGCAGGGCUGUCUCUCUCCCUUACACACACAUUUACUCGCAGGGCUGUCUCUCUCCCUUACACACACAUUUACUUGCAGGGCUGUCUCUCUCCCUUACACACACAUUUACUUGCAGGGCUGUCUCUCUCCCUUACACACACAUUUACUCGCAGGGCUGUCUCUCUCCCUUACACACACAUUUACUCGCAGGGCUAUCUCUCUCCCUUACACACACAUUUACUCGCAUGCUCCCGUAGUGAAAGAGCACACCGCCACCAGUCCAGGCUUUCACUGUGGCAGAGCUCCAUCCUCCCCUAGACACAAAGCCCUGUGCCUACUGGGAUCCAGGUUCUGGGUCUGGAACACAAAGAACAGAGAGAGUAGAGAGACUUCAGUUGCCUUUUUAUCUGCAGAGGAAGAGGGAGUUAGUAGAUGCUCUAUAGAUAGGGAGGUAGCGCGGGGGGAGAGGGGGAACGAAGCGAUUUGCAGUCAGGCUCAGCUGCUGAUGCUACAAGCUGGAGGCUCACUGACUGCUAUAGGAAGCUGGAGGCUCACUGACUGCUAUAGAAAGCUGGAGGCUCACUGAAUGCUAUAGAAAGCUGGAGGCUCACUGACUGCUAUAGAAAGCUAGAGGCUCACUGACUGCUAUUGGAAGCUGGAGGCUUACUGACUGCUAUAGGAAGCUGGAGUAGCAACAUCACAGUACAGCACACACUCUCCGGACGGACAGACCGCGGAACCAGAGACGCACAGACACAUACACGCUGAGUGAGGAACAGGUUUGCGAAUGUGGAUGGACCAGUCAAGUUCCAGUCCUGGGUGUCUGGUGCACUGAUCCAGCCACAGUGGUGCGGAGGUAGAGCGGGGGCAUGGCAGCCGGUCCAGGCAUGGGGUGGCCUGGCCUGCUCCUGCUGCUGAUGACUACUGUGGCCUCCACUCAGAGCCAAGGCUGUCCCCAGCGCUGUGAGUGCAUGGCCAAGCUCAAGUCUGUGGCCUGCCAAGGCAAGCGCCUGUCUGCCCUCCCCGACAGCAUCUCCUCGGACACACGCCUGCUGGACAUGAGUGGGAACAUGCUUCGCUGGGUGGAGCAUGGCGACCUCCUCUCCUACCCUCGGCUGGAGGAGCUAGACCUGAGUGAGAACAUCAUCAGUGUCCUGGAGCCCAACGCCUUCUCUAGCUUGCAGAACCUGAGGGUGCUGUCGCUGAGGGGGAACCAGCUCAAACUGGUCCCCAUGGGCGCCUUCUCACGCCUCACCAACCUCACCACACUAGACCUGAGUGGGAACAAGAUCGUCAUCCUGUUGGACUUCACUUUCCAGGAUCUAAAGAGCCUGAGGAACCUGGAGGUUGGCGACAACGACCUGGUCUACAUCUCCAACAAGGCAUUUCUGGGCCUGGUGGGUCUGAGGCAGCUCACCAUUGAGAGGUGCAACCUGACCUCCAUCUCCAGCCAGUCUCUCUCCUACCUCCGCAGCCUGGUCACUCUGCGCCUGCGCUACCUCAGCAUCUCCUCCCUGGAUGACCAGAACUUCCGUAAGCUGGGCGGGCUGCGGGGUCUGGAGAUCGACCAUUGGCCCUUCCUGGAACACAUCUCCCCCCACAGCCUCCAGGGCCUCAACCUGUCUUGGCUGUCCAUCACCAACACUAACAUCACCUCUGUGCCCACAGCCGCCCUACGCAGCCUGGCCCACCUCACCAGCCUCAAUCUCUCCUACAAUCCCAUCUCAGUGCUGGAGUCCUGGGCCCUUAGGGACCUGGUCCGGCUGAAGGAGCUACACCUGGUCAACACCAACCUGAUGACGGUGCAGCCGUACGCCCUUGGUGGCCUUCGGCAGAUCCGCCUGCUUAACCUGUCCACUAACGCCCUGGUAACCCUGGAGGAGGGUGCCUUCCAGUCUGUCAACACCCUGGAGACGCUGCGUGUAGAUGGGAACCCUCUGUCCUGUGACUGCCGCCUGCUUUGGAUUCUCCAGCGCAGGAAGACCCUCAACUUUGAAGGGAAGUCCCCAGUGUGUGCGGGACCCAUGGAGGUGCAGGGCAGGGCCCUCAGCGCCUUCUCAGACUCUGCCCUCUUUGAUCACUUUACCUGCCAGAAGCCCAAGAUACGCAACAGGAAGCUGCAGCCUGUGACUGCCAGGGAGGGCCAGGUAGUGUCCUUUGUGUGCCGGGCAGAGGGAGAGCCCACACCUAUCAUCUUCUGGGUAUCUCCCCAGCGCCGUCGGAUCACUACCAAGAGCACUGGACGUGUCAUCGUCCUACCUGAGGGAACGCUGGAGAUCCGCUACGCCCAGGUGACUGAUAGCGGCACCUACAUCUGCAUCGCCAGCAAUGCCGGGGGUAACGCCACCUACUUUGCCACGCUGACCGUGAGCGCGCUGCCUCUGGACGCAGCGCUCAUGGCCAACCGCACAUACUACACAGGUGACCUCAACGAGACCAAUCUGAACGACACCAAGGUCUUCCUCAAGUUCACCUUGGACCUCAAGACAAUCCUGAUAUCCACAGCCAUGGGGUGUUGCUUGUUCCUUGGCGUGGUGGUCUUCUGUUUCCUGAUGCUGUUCGCAUGGAGCCGGGGCCGGGGGCAGCACAAGAAUAACUUCUCAGUAGAGUACUCCUUCAGAAAGGUAGAUGGCCCUGCUGCCAGUGGCGGACAGGGAGGGGCCCGUAAGUUCAACAUGAAGAUGAUUUGAGACAGAAAAUGGGCCGCUCUGUUUACUUGUAGACUUAAACGGGGACAGAAUAACUUUGGACUUUUUGAUACUGAUCCCUGUCAGUUCAGAAAUCAACUCACUGGGUUCAUCCAAGACAGAUUACUAAGACUUCGUUUUUUAAAAUCUGUAAAUGGCUGUAUCAACAACAAAAAAGGUUAAUUGAUUUGGUACAGACCGAUUUUUUUCAAUUGCUAUUUGUGUAUUGGUGUAUCUUCUGCAGAAGAGUCUGGAUGAUAGUUAAUGAUGUCCCAAAAUCCUAUUGACAUGACCCCUGCACAGCUCCACUGGUCUCUCUGCAGUGCACCCUCCAUCCUCACUCAUGAAUACAUAAUCACAGGGUGCUCGCUGAAUGCCAACACUCGUUUAAACAGAUGAUAUUAUUUGUUUUCCCAUAGGAGGACUGGUCAUUUAUAUAGUUUGAAUCUAUUCUCCCACUAUAGCGGAUUUGAGAUCCAGCUACCACAAUACCACACAGGUAGAGAUCUUGCAUACAGUAGAUAGCUGACAUUGAUUCUCAACAGUAGUCUGUAUUGUAUACUACACUGCCAAGCUAUAACCAUGGGCACCGUACAGAAGGACUUCUAAUGCAAACUACAUUACAGGAUACUUCCAACCUCGUCUGUCAUUCAAAAGCAAGAAAUGCUGCUACACAUUUGACUCGUUCAAUUUUUUUAAUGGAUUUGUUAUGUAAAGUACCACGAAUGAAACCUUGUGUACCAUAUAGAAACCUUGUGUACAGGUGAGUGAUCACUCACAAAACCAUACACAAUUUCCUUUGGGUUCAGAUAUCCUGGUUCUGGUGUAUUCAGUAAAUAGUAUACACCUGCCCUCAGACUGCACCCCCUCUGACAUGUGAAAAGGUGAACAAAAUGUUUUGUAUAUACUGUAUGGUUUUUGUUGGGUGUACAGAUUAGUUGUCUCAAUUCCUGAAUAUCUUGCUAUAUAAUCUUUCUUAAUUCGUCGUUGUCUCAUGGCUUCCUCCAAAGACUGUUCAUGCUGUAUCGAUUGGUUAGACAUAUACAUCAGAUGUCAUACAUUUGAAUCUUUCAAAGCUAUUGUGGUUGUUCAUAUUGUGGAUGAUUUUAUGUGGAUUAUUCUAAGUCUAAUUAUUCUAACUGGUUAAUAGCCAGUCAUUUCAUUCAUAGCAAACACAUAUUGCCUGGCGCAGAGAUUCGCCCUUUCUGUGCUCUCCAAACAACUUAUGAAGGACAAGCGUGCAGUGUAUCAGAUCAGUUUGCUAUUUUGUGGAAGCAGUGGGAAGCCUGGUGACCAGCAGGGACAGUGCUUCUCAUCAGGACCCAAGUCUCAGAUAUGCAGGAAAAUGCUAAUGUAACAGAGACCUUGGAUACUAGAAGAGAGGUCACAAUGGAACAGAGCCAGGAUGUGCUAGAGGGCCUUCAUUGCCCAAAUCACAAGGCUGACAUCAUGUGCUUUCUGCAGAUAAAUUAGAAUAGGAUCAGGAACUAAGAGAAGAUUACUCUGUUCUUAAAAUAUUUGUCAAAUGUGAAUUUGAUUAUAACAGCAGUACAUUGUAUUUUUUGGAAGAGCAGUUAUUGCUAAGGAUUUGUAAACUUGCUAAUGGCAAAAAAUUAUUUAAUCAUCAUCCUUCUGCACUUUGUGCAGGUGCCUGGCACAUAAUUAUUAUUCUCGAGCCGCAGCACAGGAGAAAUUGCAUUUACAUUCCCAAAAUACACUGAGUGAACAAAACAGGAACACCUGCCUAAUAUUGAGUUGCUCCUUCAUCUACACUGAUUGAAGUGGGUUUAACAACUGACAUCAAUAAGGGAUCAUAGCUUUCACCUGGAUUCACCUGGUCAGUUUAUGUAUGCUUGGUGUAUAUCCUAAUAUCUUAUUUGGAUUUAGGGUGCUAACCAUGGUUUGGGACAAUUACAAUUUCAUUUAAAAUUCCAAUUAAAAUAUUGAAUUCACUCAUGAAGUGGAGGAUUUAGAGUGAAUUCAACUUGAAUUUCAAAAUGGUCAAAUUAUGGAAUUGAAAUUUAAUUGAAAUUGGACUGUUUGGACAAUUUGAAAUCGAAUUGACUUAGAAUUGUAAAAUAUUAAUUAUUUGAAAUUUUAUUGAAUUGAAAUUACAUUUCCCAGUUAAUGAAAUUGCUGCACUUUGUAUAAAAAUGUCAUGUUGUAUUUCUAUAUUCCCAGUAUAGCUAGGCUGUAUGAACAGUGACGGCAUAUAUAUGAUCAGCGAUUUGGGGAUCCCGAGUGGCGCAGCGGUCUAAGGCACUGCAUCACAGCGCUUGAGGCAUCACUACAGACACCAUUCGAUUCCAGGCUGUAUCACAACCAGCCAUGUUUGGGAAUCCCAUAGGGUGGUGCACAAUUGGCCCAGCGUAGUCCAGGUUUGGCCGGUGUAGGCCGUCAUUGUAAAUAGGAAUUUGUUCUUAACUGACUUACCUAGUUAAAUGAAGGUACAUUAAAAAAAAAUAUUAUUCUAGUUUCUAUCUACAUCUACCUCUCUUUCAAGCUUUGGUUUGGCUGUCAUUGGCGCCACAGAUUGUUCCCUCACUCAAUGCACCACUGCCAACAGUCCCAAAUAGCUUACCUUUGUUGCCCUCUGCUGGAAAGCAUAGGAAUCUACAGCAUUGUCACAGAGAAGUUCCAGACAUUUUGUAUCAAAUCAAAUGUAUUUAAAUCAAAUCAAAUGUAUUUACAUAGCCCUUCUUACAUCAGCUGAUAUAUCAAAGUGCUGUACAGAAACCCAGUCUAAAACCCCAAACAGCAAGCAAUGCAGGUGUAGAAGCACACUGUUUUAUAUAUCACACUGUUUUAUAUAUUAUAUAUAUAUAUAUAUAUAUACAGUAUCAAUAAAUGUAUAUGUAUAUAUAUAUAUAUACAGUAUCAAUAACUGUGUGUUAUAUCAUAGUUUUGAUGUCUUCACUAUUAUUCUAUAAUGUAGAAAAUAGAAAAAUACAAAUAAACCUGGAAUGAGUAGGUGUG